UGGAAUAUAAUGUGUCUUGUACCAGCGCUCUUGCCCAACACUGUGCGCUGUUCCUUAGUAGUGGUGUCGGUCACCACUAUAUCCCUGUAAAUAUGAUUACUCAGCUGUUCGUUCUCCUCCUUUUUGUGAGUCCGGUCGUGGGUAAUUCGUGGGUGCCUCGGCUCAAGCUGGACCUGAGCGCUGAAAUUAAAGACCGGGCUGUGCUUAGGCAAGCUGAAAAGUUUCCCACCACUCUCCGCGAGGGAAGCACUGUUUACAUUGGUGGAAAUGGAGUCCUUCAUCGGAUAAACUUUGAUGUCUCUCCCACACCAGAAACGAUCAACGUGCCCGGUGAAUCCAAAGAAUGUCAAGCGAACAAUGCGGAACACUGUGGGAAUUAUAUCAUGAUUUUACAGAAGUUCAAUGAAACUCAUCUCUUUCUGUGUGGAACCAAUUGGAUGAACCCAAGCUGUUGGCUGCUUUUUAACAAUGAAUUCAAGCCAAUUAUGAACGGACAUAACUAUGUCCUGGGAUCAGGAGUCUGCCCAAAAACUCCACAACAAGGCUUCACUUCGCUGGUUGUCGAGCAGCGACUCUAUUCCACGGCAUCUGAUGGAGACAGAAAUAUCCUUAUUAGCUACAGGAAGGGUGACCAACCCUCACGGUUAAAGUCUGCUGAGGACUGGAUGAGAGAUCCCAAGUUUGUGGAAAUGUCACCGGUGGGCGACCUGAUUUACAUGUUCUUCAGGGAAAGGAUUGCACAGGAAAACCUGGAUAUUGACCCGUGGAUUUCACGGAUUGGCCGAGUGUGUAAGAAUGACCGAGGUGGAUCCAGACAACGACUGCUGAGUAAGUGGACAACCUUUCUCAAAGCCCGUCUGAUCUGCAGCAACCCUGCUGAAAACGUCCAUUUCAACAGAAUUGAAGAUGUCUUUGUUUACAAGUCACCCCGUGACAAAGAAGAGAGAGUGUAUGGAGUUUUUAGCAGCAAUUGGAACGGAACAGCCGUGUGUGUGUACUCCAUGAAGGAGAUCAGCGAUGCGUUUGGACAAUCUGCCUUUAAGGGUUACAGGGGCAGUGUUCCCUCCAACCCCAGACCUGGCCAGUGUGUCAAUAACACAAAGGAACUGAGGGAUGAAGUACUCGUUGUUAUGGAGCACCAUCCAGAAAUGGAGGUUUCAAUCCAUCCCAUCGGGAAAAAUCCUCUCAUGAUCAGUUGUCAGAACCACUUCAAGAAAAUAGUCGUGGAUUCUGUUAUUGGUCCCAAAGGAAGAGAGUCCCGUAUCCUGUAUGUGGCAAUGGGAGACGGUAAAAUCCAGAAGGUUCUUGAGAUUGGUUCCCCAGCCUUCAUUAUAGCAGAGCUUUCUGUUUUAAAAGAACCUGCGCCAAUUCUAUCGAUGUCCCUUGACUCGAACAAGAAACUUCUGUACGUCACAUCUGCCAAGGAGCAGGUUCGAUUCCCACUGGUGCAGUGUGAGCUAUACCAUGAAAACUGCGGGGAAUGUGUUCAGGCCAGAGAUCCUUCCUGUGGAUGGGAUAUUCAGAGACAGAAAUGUGUCCCCAUCACACCCAAUUCUAAGAGGACUGUCCAACAAGAUCUCAAGAAUGGUGACGGCUGUGUCCAUGGUUCAGUUGCUCGCCUGUAUUCCUCACGGCAGAAAAUCCCCCAGGACUGGCCGGUGCUCCCUCUCUCUCUUGAGAAACAGGUCCCCGUGUACCUGCCCUGCCCAAAGAAAUCCUAUCACGCCGAUUACUUGUGGAGAUUCAAUGAUAGCAAGGAGCUGCCCUGUUCUUCAAACGGUGAUAACUGUCUGCUGUUCUUAAGUAAACUUUCUGAAGCUGAUAUUGGCUUUUAUGAAUGUUUUUCAAAUGAAAGAGGAGUGAGACAUCGUCAUGCUGUUUACGUAAUUGAGGACAACGGCAGCUCUUCAAUUCACCUCUCCAGUGUUACGUUCUCUGUGUUGAUGGCAGUCAUUUUUCAACUUCCCUGAUGAACCUGAGUGAUGUUUCUCUGACAACCAUCCUGUCAACAAACAUUUCCCAUCCUUCGCUGAGGCUCCAGGUUCAGUCAGCCAGCCAACACCAAACAUCCAGGGUUUCAGAUGGUGUUCUUGUUCAGAUGUUCUUUAAAUAAUUCCCAGAUAUCAGAUCAUUACUUCUCAUUUGUGAGGCUAGAAAUUUGAGGAAAAAUGCAGCCCUUUAUUAUCUUGGAAAUUUGGAUUUAGUCUUUGAAGUUUCUACUGACCAAAGCAACAGCUGAAUAAUGAUCCAAAUGCUCUAAUUACUUAGUAGGUCAGGUAGUGUCUGUGGAGGGAGAAUCUGAGUUAAAGUUUCAGGAUGUUGACUUGUCAGUUAUACAAGAUUGCUUUAUUUCUGUUUUCAAUUUGCAUGGUUUUCAAAGAUUGAAUCUGAAUCCAUCCGUCAAUUUAUGACUCGGCUCAUUAUUGUCAGGGAAAGAGUAAACAGAUUUAAGCUUUUACGUCUGUUUCCUGUUUGAACUCAGCAAAACUGGUGAUGCAGUGGACAGUGAGGAAAGUUGUCUAAAGCUACAAAAAAGUUAUAGAUUCUAUAGGAAAAUGAACAAAGGAAUGGUAGUGGACAAAGGAAUGGAAUAGUGAAGCUAGAGUAGAUGAGAAUGGUGGGGCCCUGGGGAAUGGUGUAGAACAAGAAGACCCAAGACUAGAAGUACACGACCCCCUGAAAGUGAUGAUGGAGGUGGACAGAGUGGUGAAGAAGGCUUGUUGCAUCACUGGCCAUAGCACUCAGUACAAGAAUUGGGACAUCACAUCUCAGUUGUGCAAAACGUGGGUCCGAUUGCACAGAGUGCUGUCUGCAGUUCUGUUUGCCAGGCCACGUGAAGCAUGUCAUUCAACUAGAGAGGAUGCAGAAAAGACUCGAAAGCAUGUUGCCUGGAGUGGAGGGUUGGAGGAAAUAGGAGAGAUUGGACAGGCCAGGACUUUUUCUGAAGUGAAGAAGGAUGAGGGGUGUCCUUAGAGAUGUUUAUAAGAUUAUGAGGGUCACAGAUAGGUUAGGUAGCUGCAGGCUUUUUCUCAGGGUAGGGGAAUCUAAAGCUAGAUAGCAUUGGUUUAAGGUGAGUGGGGAUCUGAGAGACAGAAAGUGGUGGAUAUGCAGUUAGAAAAGUUGGUAGAGGUGGGUAAAAUCGCAAUGUUUUAAAGACAUUUAGGCAGAUACACGGACAGGAAAACUUUAGAGGGAUAUUGGCCAAAUGCAGGCAAUGGGAGUAGGUCGGCUAGCAUGGAGUUGUGCUGAAGGGCCCGUUUCUGUGCUGUAUGCCAUGGCGCUAAUCGUCAGAGGCUGUCACAACCCACACCACCACACUCAUUGAUCUCCUCCUGGCCAUUACCCCAGAAGCCUGGAACACCAUCACACACCAGAAAAUCCCAGAGUGAGCUCUAGCUUCCUCACAGAGCUCACUCUGGGAUUUUCUGAUGUGUGAUGGUGUUCCACAGGUGAAAGGGCGCUGAGUAACUAAGUUCAUUUUCUGUUCCGAACCACGCUAGCCAGAGGAAGGGAGGUAACCUCUAUGCAUGCCAGUCCAAAGCAACAUUCUCCUGCUGGGUGCUGGGAGGAGUGGCUGUAUCUGUGGAGAAAUCCAUCCAGAUCUAAGGUCACAGCACAGAGUGGGUGACAUUGCUGCAUGGGGGUGGGGGGAAGGGUUGGACAAAUGAGGAUCUGAGGGUGAUAGUGGGUGGAGAACUAAUAGUGUGGAGAAUAGACAGUCACUUCCAGGAUUGGGGCCUGCCUCCUGAUGCCAGGGCCAAAGAUACCACAGGCUAUCUGUAGGGCAUUCUAAAAGGGGUUGGAAAAACAAGCAGAGGUCCUGAUGAGCAGGUAGAAAGAGGAAGGAGGUCCUGUAACGUGAAUCAGGUGAGCUAGGUCGGGACUUUGUGACAGACUUUGAGAAGUGAAGUGCAUGUUGUCGAGGGCCAACAAGUAACCAUUUCAUUGCAGUAAAGUUACAGUGUGGGAUGGGAAUCUGUACUUAGAUAGGGACGUUUUCCUUCAGCAUGUAUUUCCCCACCCAUUGCCCUCUCUCUGACUGUACUCUAGCAACUUGCCCUCAAAAUCAUCUUGAUUGGUUGGAGUUGGCAGGCGAUUUGACCCUGAGCAUCAGGAGCCCACAUCAUCCAUCCCUACCCAGAGUCCCCACUGUGUACACCCAGUCACUCUAGUCUGUUGUGUGAUAAUAUGCGUCAGAUACUCCUGCUUUGAGCAACUUUUCCAGCCUUUUCUACAGAAAGAAAAGCUAACAUUGCUAAUAGUGUCAGCAGAAAAUGAAUACUUAAUGCUCCGACAUACUUCUGUGCAGUUUUUUACAGGGACUAGGUGCACCGAGACAUCGUCGGGCUGCUUUGGAAUUCAGGUUGACCCUGAAGCUCAAAUCCUGGGUUA